AUGUCGAACAAACUCGAGACCCAAUCCCCAUUCCUCCGCGAACCUUGGCUUGCCUCCCAACUGCAACAUCCCGAUACUGUCAUUCGUGUAACGCCCUCCCGCGAACCCAAGGCCAGCACCGAGGACAGCCUUUUCGCCGAGAUAUUGAAGACGGACCGGACGAUCCAGUCUUGUCUAUCGUUCUACAGUACUUCUAAGAGCGAGGACGGCAUAGAGGAAGUCACAACACUCAUCGCAAUGGGCAAUGGCAUGAACGGCCACCCACAAAUCCUCCACGGCGGAAUCACAGCCACGCUCAUCGAUGAGUCGAUGGGAAUCUUCCAGUCUGUCGACCACUCGUACCAGACUGGCAAAAUGACUCAAGGCGCCGAGGAGUCUUUCGCGGGCACGUUCACCGCGCAGUUGACGGUGAGGUAUCUUGCGCCGGUUCGGACGCCGGGUUGUGUGGAGGUGAAGGUUAGGAGUGUCAAGAAGGAGCCCAGGAAGGAGUGGCUGAAGGCUGAAGUCAGGCAGUGGGUUGGAGACAAAGAGGGAGGCGAGGCAGUGCUCGUCGCAGAUGGAGAGGCGCUGUUUAUUAAGCCCAGGGUUGGGCCAAGGGCGGCGAAGAUUUGA